AUGGAGAGAUACGUUGCUCUUUCAGUACAACCCCAUUGGGAUAAAUAUCAAUUUGUUGAGAAUAUUGACUCUGGAGCAUUUGGUUCAUUUUAAAAAGUAAAGAAUACUAUUGAUGAAAAAUUCUAUGCUAUGAAAGUUUAAAACUUGAAAAAUCUAAUGACCAGAGUGCCAAAUAAUUACAGUAAUGAAAUGGUCCGGAUUAUCAGAGAAAUCAACACAUUCAAGCUCAGCCAUCCAAAUAUAACUAAAUUCUAUGAAUCCUACUUCACCUUUGACGAUAAGUUCGUAAUUGUUACAGAGCUUGCAGAGUCAAACCUUUGCACAUACAGAGAAAACACUGCUUUGACUAAUACUCAGAUUGCCGAUAUAAUGAUCCAAAUAAUAAAAGGAACUAUUCACAUUCAUAACCAAAAUGUAAUGCACAGAGAUCUAAGUCCAGAAAACAUAUUAGUAUUUGAAAACGGCAAUAAGUUUAAGAUAUGCGACUUUGGAUUGUCUCAGUUGCUGUCAAACUCUACUAGUUUUGUUGGAAAACCUUACUUCAAGGCUCCAGAGAUAAGUCUUUAUGAAGAAUUCAGCUACAGCAGCUAAGUUGACAUCUGGCAAGAUAUUAGCAGAAAUAAAGUAGCAAGAUUAGACAUGGCUUAUUAUUCUUGA